CAUUUACAUUUAGUAUCAAAUAGUGGUCAGGACAGUUUAAAUGCCUUAAUUGUGCGAACUGAAUUAGUUUAGUUGAUAUGGUGACAGCGACAUGUAAUCCCCUCCAGAAGGUACCGUCGCUGGGAGUCGGCUGCGGCCAGCCUUUUCCUCCACGGGCAGUGGCACAGUGACCGUGUGACACUCGACGGCUCAGUGGCGCAGGGCCGAUGUCAUGCACCACUUCUCGGUGAUAGUUGCGAUCGUGCUCGUGAUUCACAAUCUGGCUGUGGUGAUUACUAUGGUGCCGCCGACGACGCGUCGUCGCUCCGAUACUGACCUUAACUUCGCGGAGACUGUCUACGUCAAAGUAUCUGAUGCAUGUAGGGCGAUUAUGGAUCUCCGUUACAAUUCAAAAAAUGACCAAAGCCAUCUAAUAAAGACGAUGAAAAUAAUAAGAUUAUAUAAUGACACCAUACAAACGUAUCCGAUUGACUCCGCUUACCAAGCUCUUACUCAAGCAGGAAUAUUUGACAUAACGAAGCAAACAAAAGUUGUGAUACACGGUUUCAGAGAUAAUUCUCUUUCGGAUGUACCCUUUGACCUGGCUCAAGCAUACAAUGAGAAAAAAAUGUUUAACGUACUUUUACUGGAUGCAGAAGAAUUGGUGAACAAAGGUUAUAUAUUGUCUGCGUACAAUGUUCGGCUAGUCGGGAAAAGACUCGCCAAUCUAUUAGCCAAUUUGGAAAACUUUGGAGCGAGUGCUGACGACUUCCAUAUACUCGGUAUAAGCCUAGGAGCACAUAUUGCUGGUUUGGCAGGAAAAUACUUUCGUCAAUACAAAUCCCGUAGCUUGGGCCGUAUUACUGGAUUGGAUCCGGCUGGACCUUGCUUUACAUAUGCUGACUCUAGCCAGAGACUUGAUAAGACUGAUGCAGUUUACGUAGAUGUUAUCCAUUCGAAUAAAAUGGUGCAAGGAGUUCUGGAAUCCUUAGGCCAUGCAGAUUUUUAUCUCAACGGUGGAGGACCGAAUCAGCCAGGUUGUUUUAUGCCUAGCUGCAGUCACUUGAGAGCUGCAAAAGUGUAUAUAGAGAGCAUUAGAAUUCCUGAAUCUUUUAUAGGUGUUAAGUGUGAAAGUUACAAAGACUUUAAAUCUAACAAAUGUGAGACUAAAGACUUAACAGUCUUAGGUUAUGGUUCAUCAAGUAUAAGUCGAGGAGAUUAUUAUCUUCGAACAUCGCCAAAUUCACCUUACGGCCUCGGCAUGGCCGGCACAUUGUGUGAUGAUAAAAAGACUAUGGCUAGUGGUGUUAAUGACUGGUUUCGGAUGCUAAAAUAAUUAUUAUAUUUCGUCGAUUAAUAGUUUAAUAAAUUGUUGCCAUGUCUUUUUUUA